AUGGAUGAUAACUAUAACAAAGAGAAUGAAGUUUCAAGCAUAAAUUCACAAACCCUGCUGCAAGUAAGUUCGCUGCUGUCCGCAAAAGUCUUGGUAUCUAAAAAAUCAAUCAACAAACUAAAUUCUACAUUAAAGCUGGAUUCUCCAACAGCGUCUCCAAGAAAAAAACAAAUCCAGAUGAGCUUGCAGAAUAUGGAAAAAGAUUAUUGCAGACUCGAAAAGCAAUGUGAGGAAUUAUUAUUGAAGAAUAGGAACUUGACAAGCGAGAAUACUCACUUAGAACAUGAUUUGGAAAAAAAGUUGACUUUCAUUCAAGAUCAGUCCGAUAGAAUAGCUGGUUACGAAAGGACAUUUAAACAUAUUCAAAAUGAAUACUCUAGAAGUAAAGAUCUCUAUACCAGGGAGAUCAAUUGUUAUAAGGAGUUGAUUGAAGAUCUACAACUGAAAGUUAGUAAAUUAGCUCUCGAACUCAAGAAUUACCAAGAGCUGCAAAAUUCAUUUGAAGACCUACAGGACGCUUUUUCGUUUUUGUCAAAGAAACAUAAGGUUUUACAGAGUAACUUUGAAUUGGAAAAAUGCUCGAAAAUUGCAUUGAUUGAUGAAGUUGAACGUUUGUCUAUGAGAAUAUCUCAGUUAACUAAGGAAGAGUCCAUUCAAGGAGCAAAUAAUAAUGAGUACAUUUCGGACGUAGAAUCUCACUUCACGGAAGAGGAAUACGAAUGCUCAGUUUACAAUGACAAAUUGGACACAAAAAAUCUUUCUAGCGAAGAAGAAGUUGAAGAUUCCCAUUUUGUUAGUUACCUUGCAGAUGAUUUAAGAAACAACCACUCAUCACCUAUUAAACAGAACUUUGAUGAUUCUUUUGAAAUGUCAAGUAAUUUUCAAUUUCCUUCUUCGGUACCUAUUUUAAAUAAAGAUGAUAAUGAAGAAAAUGGUGCCGAUAACCGAGAAAUGAAAGCCUAUUCAAGUGAAAUACAACUUCCUCCAUCGCCAGAUCUAAAUGUCAAGCAAGAUAAGCGUCAGUCACUUCCUGAUAAGUUGAAGUCGUCUGGUAGCUAUUCCCCUAAAGAUGAUUUCAUCCUAUCUCCUUUUAAGUUGGGAGGAAACAAUGAUUCAUGUAGUGAUACUGAUACAACAGUUAUGAAAACCACAAAAAGAUAUUCAUUUACGAAACCGAGCCAUUCUAGAUACAACAGUCAUGACAUUUUACCGAUUAAAGUUGAAUUUGAAGCAGCAGAUGGUAGCAAUAGGAGUAGUUCAGCCCCAGAUAAAGAGCAUAUAUCGAGACAUGAGAAUUUCGAAAAUAUUCCAGAAGAGAUUCCCAGAACGAGAAGAUCAGUAAGAAAUAGCGCAUUCAUGACUUUGAGUGGGAUGAAUGGAUAUAGUAAUACCCCUUCUAAUAGGAACUCCUUGUUAACAAAUUCUUCUUCGAAGUCCUCAAGUUUGGUCAUUGAUAACCACUUAACUAACGAACUGAACAGACAAGAGAUUAUGAAAUUGAAGUUUGAAUUACAAUCAUUGAAAUUGCAUAAUGAGAAGCUCUUAUCUUAUAUUGGCUUUGAACUUCAGAAGCAAAAGAAGAACAUAAGAAGGCUAUCUAGCAGGAAGUCUUUGAACAAUCUUAAUAAUAAGAAAAUAGAGUACUCGGAUGCAAAACUAAUCGAAAAAUCACGAAAUAUGCUUAUCCAUAAGAAAAGGGUUUUGCGAUCUGUUUCCAUAAACACAAUCCUUUCAAAGAAGUAUCAAUCUGGGCUGAAUGGAAUUUUAGCAAACGGUUUGUAUGGUUUUCCUGGAACAAACUUAAUUGAGAGCCAGUUUGAGGAUUAUGAGCCGGAAAAAGAGGAUGACGAAGAUGACUACGGAUUCUUAAAUCAUGACGAUAAAUUUUGCAAACGUAUAUUCUCACAUGGGUUAUACGCUUAUCUCAAAUUUGAUGACAUUGAUGAAGAUAUACCAGCUGAUCAUGAUAAAAAUGUGAAGAAGUUCAAGUCGCAAACUUUUGCUAACAGAUGCGGAAUACCCGAAGAAGAGUUUGAAUCCGAGUUCGAGGAGGAGGAAGGUGAUAGUGAUGAGUAUGAAGACGAAGGUGACUGGGAAGACAUUUCUAAUGUUCUUGAUGAACUACAGCAAACAAGCGUUCUUAGUCAUAUUAAGUAUCUCAUUUUUGGUAGCUUUUUGUCCCAGAAAAAGUCCAAGAACGAAACGCUCGUUGAUGAUGGCCUCAAAUAUAAGUUCUUCACGAUUGCCAUUGGCAUAAUGAUUGUUGGAUUGAAAUUAUCACACACAAAUAACUAUCCUAUGUCAACUUAA